AUGUCCUGGACCCCUUUUAAUGGCCCCUCGGGUCAACACGAGCCUCAUGGUUUGUCUGAUGCUUCGAAUCAGUUGAAUGGUCCACGACGACCGUUGCCCCUUGAUUCCCAACGAGCUGGUGAUGCUUCGAAUCAAUCUAUCCAGUAUACCCGGUCUCCUCAAACGGUGCCUCUGAUUGCUCCGGCGCGGAAUGUUCAUGGUAGGGACUUGUUAAACCCGACCGGGUCAUCUGGUACUGGUGUUGCCCCGGCCCAACCGGGCCAACACCCUCCAUCUCCGGAUCUCGAGUCGACCUCGCAUUCUGAUCUUCAUCUCCAGCACCAGCAGCAGCAUCAGCAGCAGCAUCCGUAUCAGCCCUCGCAUCAACGACUUGGAUCCAUUUCGUACCAGCAGGAACAUAUCUCGAAUCAAGAGCUCCACCUACACCAUCAGAAACAGAACAGCCAUCAACUGACUGGACAUCAGAACAGCCAUAUUUUGCCAUCGCACCCUCGUCAACAUUUGGACCACCAGCUGGACCACCAGUUGGAUCACCAACAUCAUUUGCAUGUUCAUGGACACGGCCCUUUGGCGGUAGGAGACUCGUCCCAUGCCCAUAUUCUGCCUAAUAUCACCGGCAACGGGCACAAUGGCCACCAUAAAUCCCACUCUGACAUGACUAAUAUGACCCGGGCUGGGCAGAUAACUCCACCACCCGGUCACAACAUGUCCGGAGUGGCUGUAUCUGCGUCGUCUCCACUACCAUCGUCUGCUUCACUGUCUGCCAAACCUCACGGACUGGCCAAUAAUCGUAAACAAUCUCUUGCAUCAUCGUCUCCUAAAGCCCCUCCUAAACAACGGGUUUCUCGAACUUCACACCUCGAACCUGCUAAUAGUCCUGGUUUCCCAGUAAAUUAUCCCAUAUAUCCCAUGGUCGAUAUCGGCACGAUCCCCGUUCAGCAAGUGCCUCUGCUUCCCCUGCCAGGAUCGAUUGUUAUGAAGAGAUAUGCAACCUCGGUCGAUCAACGUAACUUUUUAACGGUUUAUGAGUACAUGGUCAAUAACCAAUGGGUUAUUUGGGAUUAUUUCACUGGAUAUGUUCAUUUGACUGGUCUGUGGAAAGCAGUUGGCAACUCUAAAGCUGACAUUGUACGACUAGUCGAUAACUCCCCUGAUCUUGAACCGGUAAUCAAACGUGUUCGAGGCGGGUUUCUCAAGAUCCAGGGCACUUGGUUACCAUAUUCAGUGGCCCGUACUCUUGCUUCUCGUACUUGUUAUCACAUCAGAUACGCAUUAAUCCCUAUUUUCGGUCCUGAUUUCCCUGAAUCGUGUCUCCAACCUCAUCAACCCGGGUUUGGCCAGCUACAAUUGACCACUACUGAGAACCCUCGUAGAAGACGGAAACGCUCUUCUGUCGGUUCUAUCAGUGGAAUCACUGGUUUGACUUCUGUUUCUACAGCAAAUGGUGUUUCUAAUGGUGCUGGAGCUGGCACUGGUGGACCUGGAGCUGGUGAAUUGUCACCAAAUCCACAAUCACCUGUUCAGAGAAAACGACGGCAAUCAGAAUUGGCUCCUUCUACCCAGCCAUUUAACAGUCACGGUCUCGCAUCACCUCGCUCGUCUCAUGCCUCAAUCAUGAAUCCAGUUCUGAUUACUCCAGCUGGAUCUAAGAACGACAAUCAACGACAAGGAAUGUCUGAUUCGAACAGGAUCAUGUCCCUGUCAAUGACCUCGUCAUCUGGAUCUACAGCAACUGCUGGACUAUCUCCACUCCGCCAUCACAGACACUCGAAAUCCAUUGGAUCGAUUGACACAUCCAGUUUGGCUAUUGGUGGCAGUAUUGUUCCCCGACUCGAACUCAACAGACCUUCUUAUUUCAAGAGACCAGCUUAUGACGAAGACUCUCAGGCCAUCGAGUUCUCGUCAUCUUCUGACGACGAUGACGACUACGAAGCACAUCUUGUCAAACGGGCGAAACACGACCAUUCUGACAGUAUUCACGACACCACUGGUCGCACCAGUAAACCAGCAUCUGGUUCUGGGCCUGUUCAAGUGCCUCAUUCGCCUCAUCACAGAUACAUUCUGCCACCUCCCAUGCCAGUCAAGGUGGUUUUUGCCGACGAAACUGAACUUGUCGAGUCUCCAGACGAGUUCCUUGCCGUUUUACAAGCAACGCGGUCGCUUCAGCAGCUUUCUGCCGGCAAAGCAGGCCGUCGCUGGUCACUGAACCCUGCCAGUACCACUGCCAGCGGUGGAUCUUUUGAAUGUGGAGGCAAGCUAUGGCGCUGGGACGGUGGUCAAAAGCUCACGAGCACAGGACUCGCUGCUGACGGCGACUCGAGUCCCAAAUCACAGGUCGUGGAACGAGUCAAGUCACUGCCCGACCGCCGCUACUCACAUGGAGACGAGCCCAUCCGCCAACGCAGCAAUGUCAUGAACAUCAACGGACUAAUCUCUUAA